AUGGGCCAAGACUCCAUCUACCUCCAGGUCCUAUCCGGCGAUCCCAACGAACCACAACACAAAAACGCGGAGAGAGUCCUCCGACUACUCAAUCGCGGAAAGCAUUGGGUGCUCGUCACCCUCCUUCUCGCCAACGUCAUCGUCAACGAAUCGCUUCCCGUCGUGCUGGACCGCUUCUUGGGUGGCGGUGUUGCCGCUGUUGUGGGUAGUACAAUUCUUAUCGUCAUCUUUGGCGAAAUCGUGCCUCAAUCGGUGUGUGUGAGAUACGGCCUACCUAUUGGCGGAUACAUGUCCACCCCCGUCUUGAUUCUCAUGUAUCUUUUGGGGCCGGUAGCAUGGCCCACCGCGAAGCUCCUCGAUUGGAUUCUCGGAGAGGAUCACGGCACAUUAUACAAGAAGAGCGGCCUCAAGACGCUCGUUACGCUACACAAGUCACUUGGCGAAGUGUCGGAGCGACUGAACCAGGAUGAGGUCACCAUCAUUACUGCCGUUUUGGACCUCAAGGACAAGCCCGUAUCGGAAGUCAUGACGCCCAUGGACGACGUGUUUACUCUUGCCGAGGACCACAUCCUGGAUGAGGCCACCAUGGACAUGAUUCUGUCUUCCGGAUACUCGAGAAUUCCCAUCUACCGCGCAGGCAAACCAACCGACUUCGUGGGCAUGCUACUUGUCAAGACGCUCAUCACAUACGAUCCCGAAGACCGGAUCCCGGUUAGAGAUGUGCAAUUGGGAGCUGUUGUAGAAACGCGACCCGAGACGAGCUGCCUCGACAUUAUCAACUUUUUCCAAGAAGGCAAAUCACACAUGGUGCUAGUGUCUGAAUAUCCCGGUGCUAACCACGGUGCUCUCGGUGUCGUUACUCUGGAAGAUGUUAUCGAAGAGCUCAUUGGAGAGGAAAUUGUGGACGAAUCGGAUGUCUACGUCGACGUACACAAGGCCAUUCGGCGUCUGACCCCGGCUCCCCGAGCCCACCGCAGACAUAGCGACGUGCCAGGCGCAGGCGUGGCAGUCAGGAAAGCACCGGAGAAUGCGGGCAGCAACCAUAAACCUUCAGAAGGUCAGGAGGUGGAAGUUGGCUCUUUCAAGAGCGACUCGGGCCACCUUGAGCGCCCUCCCAAAACAGCCGUGUUUAUGAAGCGCCAACACUCAGCAGGACCCGACGGUCGCAUCGGGAAAAACCCCGUGCCUGUGAAAGCUUCGCUCGACGAGAUGCGACAGCAGCUGAAGCUCGGCCCUGCGAACCGCGCGGCGAACCCGUUGAGCAGCACACGAGGAAGUGUAUUCAAGAUUAAGCAAGGCUUGGGAACGACGGUGGUGACAACCACAACCCCUGACGCAAAGACGACUGUUAUCGACGCAGAAGCUGCAGAGGAGCACAAUGAACAUACGCCAUUACUGGGUAAGGGCCAGAACGGUGCAAGCUAG